AUGGGGACCCUGAGUUCAGUAGACGUCCCUUCCUCUCAGGGCUGGGAAGGCGGCUACCCCGAGAUCAUCAAGGAGAACAAGCUGUUCGAGCACUACUACCAGGAGCUCAAGAUCGUGCCCGAAGGCGAGUGGGACCAGUUCAUGGAAGCGCUCAGGGAGCCUCUCCCGGCCACCUUAAGAAUUACUGGUUACAAAAGCCAUGCAAAAGAGAUUCUCCAUUGCUUAAAGAACAAGUAUUUCAAGGAAUUGGAGGACCUGGAAGUGGAUGGUCAGAAAGUUGAAGUUCCACAGCCCCUGAGUUGGUAUCCUGAAGAACUUGCCUGGCACACAAAUUUAAGUCGAAAAAUCUUGAGAAAGUCUCCGCAAUUAGAAAAGUUCCACCAGUUUCUGGUUAGCGAAACUGAGUCUGGAAAUAUCAGCCGUCAGGAAGCCGUUAGCAUGAUUCCACCGCUGCUGCUGAACGCUCACCCUCACCAUAAGAUCUUAGACAUGUGCGCAGCGCCUGGAUCAAAGACCGCGCAGUUAAUCGAAAUGCUGCACGCUGACAUGCGCGUCCCUUUCCCGGAGGGGUUCGUCAUCGCCAACGACGUGGACAACAAGCGCUGCUACCUGCUGGUGCAUCAGGCCAAGCGGCUGAGCAGUCCCUGCAUCAUGGUGGUCAACCACGACGCGUCCUGCAUCCCCAGGCUCCAGAUGGAUGUGAACGGGAGGAAGGAGAUUCUCUUCUACGACCGCAUCCUGUGUGACGUCCCUUGCAGUGGAGAUGGCACUAUGAGGAAAAACAUUGAUGUUUGGAAAAAGUGGACCACCUUAAAUAGCUUGCAGCUGCACGGCUUGCAGCUGCGGAUCGCGACCCGGGGCGCGGAGCAGCUGGUGGAGGGCGGUAGGAUGGUGUACUCCACGUGUUCCCUGAACCCCAUCGAAGAUGAGGCGGUCAUAGCAUCCUUGCUGGAGAAGAGUGAAGGUGCUUUGGAGCUCGCGGAUGUGUCCUCUGAACUUCCGGGACUGAAGUGGAUGCCUGGACUCUCACAGUGGAAGGUGAUGACGAAAGAUGGGCAGUGGUUUGCAGAGUGGGAUGAUGUCCCUCGCAGCAGGCAUACCCAGAUUCGGCCUACCAUGUUCCCCCCCAGGGACCCCGAACAGUUACAGGCGAUGCACCUGGAGCGCUGUCUUAGGAUAUUACCCCAUCAUCAAAACACUGGAGGGUUCUUCAUGGCAGUGUUAGUGAAAAAGUGUUCGAUGCCUUGGAAUAAACGUCCCCCAAAGCCGCAGGGCGAGUCUGCAGACCCCAGGGCCCCCCUGCAGCCAAGCCCCUCAGACCCCACAGUGGGGAGCACCUCCGACCCCUCGGAGCUGGAGGGUAAAACUGGAACUAGCGACACAGAAAUGACUGAAAGAACUGAGAAUUUGGAGACUAAUGGAAAUAGGAAAGAUGGCGUGUGUGGAUUGCAGGUUGAUUUAUCUCAUCCCCACUCCCUCCUCAGUCCUCCUCCAUCUAAGAAAAUGAAGUUAUUUGGAUUCAAAGAAGAUCCGUUUGUAUUUAUUCCUGAAGACGACCCAUUGUUUCCACCCAUCCAGAAAUUUUAUGCUUUAGAUCCUUCAUUCCCAAAGAUGAAUUUGUUAACACGAACCACAGAAGGGAAGAAAAGGCAGCUCUACAUGGUGUCCAAGGAGCUCAGAAAUGUGCUGCUGAACAAUAGUGAACGGAUGAAGGUUAUUAACACCGGGAUUAAAGUCUGGUGUCGCAAUAACAGUGGGGAGGAGUUUGACUGUGCUUUCCGGUUGGCGCAGGAGGGAAUAUAUACAUUGUAUCCAUUUAUUAAUUCAAGGAUCAUCACUGUAUCGAUAGAAGAUGUUAAAAUUCUGUUAACCCAGGAGAAUCCAUUUUUUAGAAAACUCAGCAGUGAGACAUACAGCCAAGCCAAGGACAUGGCCAAAGGCAGCGUCGUCCUGAAGUACGAGCCGGACCCCACGAAACCAGACACGCUCCAGUGCCCCAUCGUAUUAUGCGGAUGGCGGGGAAAGGCCUCAAUUCGAACUUUUGUGCCCAAGAAUGAGCGGCUUCACUAUCUCAGGAUGAUGGGGCUGGAGGUGUCGGCAGAAAAGAAGAAAGAUGGGGCUGCUCAGAUGGACGAGAGCACAGCCAGCCCUGUGCCUCCGGAUGGCGAGGCCGCUGCUGAACCAGGAGCAGAGCAGCCCGCCAGCCCUGGCGCUGGCACAGGCAGUGACCCAGCGGGGGCCGGCCCGCCCCGGUGAGGCGGCCGGGGCCUCCCCUUGGGGUCUGAGACCAAACCCAGGGCCGCUUCUGAUCUGGAAGGCACAUGUCUGGGAAGCCCGGGAGCCGGCGGGUGACGGGGCCAUGAGCGAUCCCGGGGCUCCUUCCGCGUAGGCCUUCCGGAGAGGGGCUUUACCAGCUUGUUAGAAGUUGCUCGUUUGAGUUGGUUUCUCUGGCAAAGUUGGGUCCAGUGUGCCCGUUGCUGGUAAUAGACUUUCAUCUUUAAAGUCUUACUCCACCAGGAAAUAGAACUGCCCUUACAGAAGGUUUCAGGCCCCUGUUGUUCUGCCGACAUUGGUCUAAAGGCUCACUAUUUCUUCUGAGUAUUAUUUAUAGAGAGAAUGUAUAACUCCUCACGAAUUGAUAGAAAACUGUACCAUUAGCUUUAAUACUUACGUCAGUUGCACGUUAGUGCAACAGUAAUCCUCAGUGGGGUGGCUAUCUGAGGCCUCAGGUGACUUCCGUGCCUUUGUAAUAAAGGGUGAAAUAAACUUUUGCAGAGUAAGAGCUGUAUCGUGAAUUGUGAUACUAAUUAUGAGGGUUUUAUGGGCUUUUAUUGGAGUGCUCUGCUAUUUUAAUUUUUACAUGGGGUUUGGGAUCCUUGGAAAGUUGAAAUAAAAUUAGUGAGAGCAUGUUAC